GUUUUCCCCUGGUGUAGGGGAGUGGGGGAGGGCACUAGGACCCAGCAGCGCCCCCCCCGCCCCCCGGUUCAGUGAGCUGCGGGCUGUGCGGGGAUGGGGCUGUGUGGGAUCUUGCUGUGCGGUGUAGGGGGCGGCCUGCCGUUAGCCGUGCUCCUGGCUGUUAGGCUGGGGUUGUUGUUGGCUGAUGAGGUUGCUUUCCGUUGCCCCCCGUGUGGGGCUGAGCAGUUAGCGGGCUGUACCUCUCCAGCAGGCUGCAGGGAGACCGUGCGGGAACCGGGCUGCGGCUGCUGCUGGAGCUGUGCCCGGAGUCUGGGGGAACCGUGCGGGGUCUAUACCCCUCGCUGCGGGGCUGGACUCCGCUGUUACCCCCGCAGCGACACCGAGUACCCGCUGCAAGCCCUGGUGCAGGGGCAGGGGCUGUGCGGGAGGCGCAAGGACCUGGAAUACAACCGCUCCCGGGACACACACUCCGGUAAAUAUUCACUCAAUCUCCGCGGGAAAUACUCCCUCCGUCCGCCAGCAGCACAAACCCCUUCCCCCUGUUGUACAGGACCCUCUGAGCGGCUGCCCAACCUCUCCGCCGGGUCAGCAAAAUGCUGCCCUCCCGACUUUUUGUUCACUUUCCAAACUUCAGCACAACUUGGGAAAGUUCACUAA